CGGGUAACCUUCGUGUGUUGUUUUGAUCAGCUGUUUUGCAUUGUUUGCUCGGUCAUUGUUCAUUUUCUUGCAUUUUUUGCUAAAUAAAUAAGAAGAGAAGACUGAAAAUGUUCCGACUGCCCUCCCUAUUCUCUCGUGGAAAGAGCCUAGCUAGUGCAUUCAAUGGGGCACCGAAAAGGAAUUUGGGGCUCGUGCCAAUUGUCAUUGAACAGACUGGAAGGGGCGAGAGGGCGUAUGAUAUCUUCUCGCGAUUGCUCAAAGAGAGAAUAAUCUGCGUAAUGGGCCCUAUUGUGGAUGAAGUGAGUUCCCUGGUGGUGGCUCAGUUGCUCUUCCUGCAGUCCGAGCAUAGCACAAAGCCCAUUCAUAUGUACAUCAAUUCCCCCGGAGGGAGUGUAACAGCUGGGCUGGCCAUCUAUGAUACAAUGCAGUACGUAAAGCCCCCAAUUGCAACGUGGUGCGUAGGGCAGGCAUGCUCAAUGGGAUCCCUCUUGCUGGCAGCUGGAGCACCGGGAAUGCGACAUGCACUACCCCAUGCGAGAAUUAUGAUUCAUCAGGUGUCUGGAGGGGCACAAGGGCAGGCGACGGAUAUUCAGAUUCAAGCUGAAGAAAUAAUAAAGCUGAAGAAGAUGCUGACAAACAUCUACGUGAAGCACACUAAGCAAACGUACGAUCUGCUCUAUGGGAAAAUGGAACGUGAUACAUUCCUCACGCCCGAGGAAGCUAAAGCUCUGGGGCUCAUUGACAGUGUCCUCGAGCAUCCACCCAAUGCCACAGAGACCACGGAUGACAAACCCACGGAAUCAAGUUGAGCAGCAUUUCCAGCAUCAGGUGAAUCUUAGUUUUUUAGAAAGAUUUUUUUUUACUAUCAAAUCUCUUUGAAUUUCCUUUUUAAUCCUUUUAACGAAUGAAACAUUGUAAAGGCAAAAGAGCAAUGUAUGAUAAACGAGAGAUAAAUCCUGGGUGUAUGAUGGGGAGAUUGAAGGCAAUAUAAAAUGCGUGUUGUGUAAUUAAGGGGCAGCAGCUAUGCCAUGAGAGCGAUGCGCCAGAGUAAUUUAUGUGGCUCACGGUGGAAGAGACGCAAAUCCAUUAUAAAUUGACAAAUGAUUCUCCUAUCAUGGCGAUUAAAUUGUAUUACUAUCAAUCAUUAAUUGAUGCUGCUCAUCACGGAGAUACUUCCUGCUCUCUCAACUUGACGAAGGUUCUUUUUUUCUUUUUAAUCUUGCAACAAGACCCCUUUCGCGCCUCUGCAGUGAAAAAUACAGCAUAGUGCAACUCUCCCCCCCCCCCCCCUCCCUUCCCCAAAGAAACGACCACUCACUCUAUUUAAUUAAUAAUUAUUUUUAAACCCACUCUCGCGGUGAUUUGCAUUCAAAACAUCCAUCCCAGUGUGUUGGGGCUCACACAGGGAUCAUUGGAAUGCCACAACCACCACCGAGAGGUCACCUUAUUGCUUCUGAUGGAUGUGAAGAGAUUUUAAUGUCUCAGAGAGAGAUUUUUCUGCAGGAAAAAGCAAAUUUUUGAAGUUUUUUUUUACAAUUUUUCUUUCUAAAAUUGUUUCAAAUGUUAAUAUAAAGUUGAUAAAGGUUAAUAAAGUGAAAAGGUUAAAAGGUUA